AUGAAAGGAAAAAGUGUGAUUUACACUGAGUUGUUUCUUCAAGAUGCGACCCGUUUGAUGCAACCGGAGCAGGUCUUGCAUUUUGUCAAUUUCAAAUAUUCGUUUCGUUCCGCCAAUCAAACGAUUCCGAUUGAAAUGGGGAUUUCAACGCAUCUAAUUUCUGACUGGAAGGAAAUUGGAUCCUUUCAUCGACUUAUUUCAGUCGACACAUCAAAAAUUCCAAAAGACUCGAAGAUAGAAGAACACCAUGGGAUCCAAUUUGAUGACCCCCGCCUCUGCACCGAUCACAAUCAAAUUGUUGAGGACUUUAAUAACUACAUCGUCUCUUUUAAAGCACCAAUUAUUUUUGUUGUUAAAAGAAAAGAAACGCAUAACCCUAAUGUCGAAUGUCUCAUGUUCUUAUUAAGUCAAAGCCAUGUACAACUACCUGAAUACUACUUCAUUCGAGAAAACAUGCUCAUUGCUUUCAUCGCAAAACAUUUUGAUAUUACACUCCCCCUUGGCCCUUACUCCUUUUUAAUGUCUAUUUCAAACAAAAUUGGGUCCGUUCAGAGGUGCGAUUUACACAAAGAAAUGGAAGGUAAAAGUUGCGCUAUUGACGUGGCUAGGGUUGGCGCACUCUCGUUUUAUAUCAUUUUGGCACAUAUGAACGUCAUUCUAACAAACAAAGAAGGGUUGCCAAAAAUCGAACUCCGCGAAAAUCAAAAAAUCAAAACAAAAAACGAGCAAAAAGAAGACCUCAAAAAAGACGAAGAAAGAGUCAAAAAAUCAAAAGACGAAAUUUUGAAAGAUCGAGAAGAUCGAAAACGAAAAAAAGAGGAAGAACGAAAACAAAAAGCUAAACUCGAAAUUUUACAAGAAAAAAAUGAAAAAAUCGACAAAACCGAAAAAAACGAAAAAUCAGUAAAAGUCGAAAUUGAAAAACCCGAAAUUUUGAAAGAUUCCCGCGUCGCAGAAAUUCUUGCAAAAGUCGAUCUCAAAAAAGAAGUUCUUCACUUUUUCGAUUUUGAGUUCUCAGAUGGAGAAACGAGCGUAGUGCCCGUUGAGCUUGGAAUCUCAUCUUAUAGAAUAACCGAGAACAAGGAAAUAAAUUACUUUCACUGUCUUCUUUCGCCACCAUCUCUCUGUGAAAACAUGGAUCGAGCGGUCACCUGUCAUGGUAUAGAUUAUACUAGUUUGUUAUUAGAAAAGAACUAUAAAAAGAUCAUAGAGAGAUUUGAGGAGUAUUUCUCUCAAUUUCAUCAAGAUUAUAUCAUUUUAGUUUUGAAGGACGAAACGAUAGGGGGUGACUUUGUAUGUUUUGAAAAAAUCUUUGAGUGGGCUGGCGAAACGAUGAACGCCAACUUUGUAUUUUUGACGCAUGAGAUGUUAUUAAGGGAGAUUGGAAUGCUUGAGGGAUGGAAAAGUACCGUUGUGAAGGAAUACGAUACUCUCAUGAAUGAAGUAUAUAAGCAAUUACACGUUGUGGAAAGGUGUCAAUAUCAUAAAUGUGUCGCCGAUAAAUAUCACUGCGGACUUGAGGACGCUCGACAUACAGCACUGACCGUCCUCAUCGCCCUUAACGAUUUGAAUUUCCCUGUUACUGGAAAAGAAAAUCUGCCACAUUGCAUCGUUCAUAAAAGGGAAGUUAAGAACUUGGAUAACUGGAGAGUACUCAUAACAACAUGUGCAUCGACGGGAAAUCGAAUGAUAGUCGAGGUCGGGUUCACUGAAUUUUUCUUUCAACCUCAAGGCGAAAUGGUGACCGGAAACUCACUGUUUUAUCGGUUUCAGCAAACGGAACGCAUCUUAAAAAAGAAGGACGAGCCUUCCGAUAUAAUCGAAAAGUUCAACGCCUUCAUUUCUCAGAGCGACAACACUAUGAUUGUUCUGACAUCUCUUGGGAUGAUGAAAAAGCUUGAGUUUUUGAAGCUUCGCCAAUUUCCUGUUCUUGAGAUGUCUGAGUUCAUGCAACUUUUUGUGAGUCGAAUAUCUCCAUUCAAAAAGUCUCACGGACUCCUUUCCAAGGCAAAGAAACAGGUAAUUAAGACUUUGAAAGUUGGGAAGUGCGCUUUACACCCUAGUGGUAUCGAAGAAUGCCCUUUCACAACAAACACUAUUGUUGGGUAUACUCUCAAUUUUUUGAAUGCAUCGCUUUUGAAAGAAAAAGAAGAGGUACUCGAGGUGUGA